AUGGAUGAAUCCGAUCCGCAAAGCAAUAUCCUGCCUGGCGGUAACAUGCUUAACGUUGACGGAUCGGGAGUCGACGGUCUAGACGCAGGUGCAGGUCAGCCAGCGACGGGAAAUGGAGCGGCUGGCCUCCUUCGUGGAAACAGUCCUGCAGGAGAGGGAGCGACGAGUCAAUCACAGAGUGAAUCCAGUAGCGGGAAAUUGGCAAGCGGGGAUACAGGAUCCGGUGGUGGUGGUGGAGCCGGCCAAGAGUACACGAUGGAAGCCCUUCCUACAGCAAGACAAGUGGAAGGAGCCGCUGUGUGCCACGAAGAACAGUCGUUCUGGGUAAACUCGCGCUUGCGCACGGUGGCGUGCAACACAUCGCAGCCGUUGAUCACGAAUGCACCUGACAUGCUUAACAACAUCUUCGUGCCGCUCUACGCCUGCCCCUUCCAGGAACGCCUCGGGCCCUGGGGCGAAGGCGGCAAGUGGAUAUGUAAUGUGCCAUCAGCAAUCCAGCCCAAUCCUAUCGUCUACAGCAUUCACUCCAGUGCAGCGUACGGGUUUGAGCUGGCGGCGUCCAUAGCGCUGCACACGCGGCCGCACGUGUUCAGCUCGUCGCUGUCGGGGGCGCAGCAGGCGGCAGUGAAGGCGGAGGCGCACGUGGAGUUCCACGAGGUGGGGCUGGCGCUGGCCAAGGACGCCAAGCCCACAGACGUCUCUCUGCCCGACCUGCUCGCCUCCACCAAGCACACCUACGUGGACGUGCUCUACCUCGCAGCCCCCUGCCCGGAGUGCGAGGUUGCCUUCAUCCGCCAACUCAACGCCUCCUACGGCUCCAACCCCGCCUCCGGCCUCUCCCGCUCAGGCGGCCUCCUGCCCUUCGGCCAGAUCAUGAUGCUGCUCAGCCACAUAGGGCAGACGCGGCAGAUGCUGGAGGUGGAGUACACGUUGGAGAAUCUGGGGUACCGGUUGUUCCACGUGGAGACCAAGCCCAGCGGCCACCUCGAGGUGGCCUACAUCCACGCCUCCCUCGUGCAGCCGCCCAACCCCGCUGACUGCCCCGUCGACACUGCCGGUCUCAAGUACCCUGACCACCAGCAGAUCGACGAUGCCUCGCUGUGCCACGCCGAGUCUACCUAUCAGGUGAACAUGGCGCUGCGGCGGGCAGCGGUGGGGGCGGAGCAGCCGGUGACGCUGUCGCUGGCGGAGAUGAAGGAGCUCAUCUACGUGCCGCUCUACCCCUGCCCCUACGAGGAACGCAUCGGCGAGUGGGGCGACGGCGGCAAGUGGAUCUGCAUGAUUCCAACAGCUUUACAGUCAAAGCCUCUCGUGUACAGUGUGGGGAGCAACGAGCAGUUUGCGUUUGAGCAGGGGAUGGCGGAGUCGGUGCGAACCAAGGCGUUCACGUUUGACCCGUUCAUCACGGCGACGCAGCAGGCGCACAUGCGGUCGCUGCCCUUCCUGCACUUCCACGCCAUUGGUGUGGCGGGCGAGGAGUCGCUGGCGUACUACCACAAGCAGAACCCCGACUACGACUUCAAGACGCUGGCGCAGCUCAUGCUCUUCCUCAACCACACCUACGUCGACGUGCUCAAGAUCGACUGCGAGGGCUGCGAGGUCGCCUUUGUGCGCGACAUCGCCCGCGCCUACGGCUCCGAACCCGCCACCCUCGCCAGCAAGGGUGGUGUGCUGCCCUUCGGCCAAGUGCUCAUGGAACUGCACCAGAUCACGAACACGAAGGCGAUGCUGGCGCUGCUGUACACGUUUGAGAGCCUGGGGUACCGGCUGUUCCACGUGGAGACGAAUCCGCUGUGCCUCAUCUGCAUCGAGGUGGCCUACAUCCACGACUCCCUCCUCCAGCCCGCCAACCCCCACGCCUGCCCCAAAGCCCCCCUCAACGACCCCGCCACCCUCGCCAAAAUCUCAGCCACUGGUGGUGCUAGAGCUGCUGUUUCCUCAAACCAGGACACUGCAGAGGCAGCCAAGGACGUUCCAGCAGCAGCUAAGGAACCUGAAGCUGCACCCGCAGCAGCUGCAGCAGCAUCAGAGGCAGAGGCAGGUGAUUCAACUGCAGGGGUUAUUGCCCCAGUGACAGAUACAGUAGAGGGAGACAAGGAGAAGCCUGCUGUAGAAACAGGGUUGGGAGAUGCAGAGAAGGCAGCCAAAGCAAAGGAGGUGGCUCAUUUGGGAGGCGAGACAGCAGUGCCAGUUGCUAGUGGGGCAACGAGUGACAUUGCAUGGAAGGAGCCGCUGGGGGAUACAAGCCAUGUAGAUGGUUCUGCGCUCUGCCACGCUGACCGCUCUUAUUAUGUUAACUCGCGCCUGCGCACGGUGGCGUGCAACGCAUCGCAGCCGUUGAUCACGAAUGCACCUGACAUGCUUAACAACAUCUUCGUGCCGCUCUACGCCUGCCCCUUCCAGGAACGCCUCGGGCCCUGGGGCGAAGGCGGCAAGUGGGUGUGCGUGGCUCCAACUGCCUUUCAGUCAGCGCCAAUUGUUUACAGCAUUCACUCGAGUGCAGCGUACGGGUUUGAGCUGGCGGCGUCCAUAGCGCUGCACACGCGGCCGCACGUGUUCAGCUCGUCGCUGUCGGCGGCGCAGCAGGCGGCAGUGAAGGCGGAGGCGCACGUGGAGUUCCACGAGGUGGGGCUGGCGCUGGCCAAGGACGCCAAGCCCACCGACGUCUCUCUGCCCGACCUGCUCGCCUCCACCAAGCACACCUACGUGGACGUGCUCUACCUCGCACCCGACUGCCCCGAGUGCGAGGUUGCCUUCAUCCGCCAACUCAACGCCUCCUACGGCUCCAACCCCGCCUCCGGCCUCUCCCGCUCAGGCGGCCUCCUGCCCUUCGGCCAGAUCAUGAUGCUGCUUUCAAACGUGCAACAAGUGCGGCAGAUGCUGGAGGUGGAGUACACGUUGGAGAAUCUGGGGUACCGGUUGUUCCACGUGGAGACCAAGCCCAACGGCCACCUCGAGGUGGCCUACAUCCACGCCUCCCUCGUGCAGCCGCCCAACCCCGCUGACUGCCCCGUCGACACUGCCGGUCUCAAGUACCCCGACCACCAGCAGAUCGACGAUGCUGCUGUGUGCCAAGCAGAAUCUUCUUUCCAGGUGAACAUGGCGCUGCGGCGGGCAGCGGUGGGGGCGGAGCAGCCGGUGACGCUGUCGCUGGCGGAGAUGAAGGAGCUCAUCUACGUGCCGCUCUACCCCUGCCCCUACGAGGAACGCAUCGGCGAGUGGGGCGACGGCGGCAAGUGGGUGUGCAUGCUCGCAUCUGCACUUAAGAAGCAGCCAAUCGUCUACAGUGUGGGGAGCAACGAGCAGUUUGCGUUUGAGCAGGGGAUGGCGGAGUCGGUGCGAACCAAGGCGUUCACGUUUGACCCGUUCAUCACGGCGACGCAGCAGGCGCACAUGCGGUCGCUGCCCUUCCUGCACUUCCACGCCAUUGGUGUGGCGGGCGAGGAGUCGCUGGCGUACUACCACAAGCAGAACCCCGACUACGACUUCAAGACGCUGGCGCAGCUCAUGCUCUUCCUCAACCACACCUACGUCGACGUGCUCAAGAUCGACUGCGAGGGCUGCGAGGUCGCCUUUGUGCGCGACAUCGCCCGCGCCUACGGCUCCGAACCCGCCACCCUCGCCAGCAAGGGUGGUGUGCUGCCCUUCGGCCAAGUGCUCAUGGAACUGCACCAGAUCACGAACACGAAGGCGAUGCUGGCGCUGCUGUACACGUUUGAGAGUCUGGGGUACCGGCUGUUCCACGUGGAGACGAAUCCGCUGUGCCUCAUCUGCAUCGAGGUGGCCUACAUCCACGACUCCCUCCUCCAGCCCGCCAACCCCCACGCCUGCCCCAGAGCCCCCCUCAACGACCCCGCCACCCUCGCCAAAAUCUCAGCCACCAGUGUUGGUGGUGCUGGUGCUGCUGCUGCUGCUGCGGCUGAUGUCUCGUCCAAUGUCGACGUGCCGGGUGCUGCUGAGGUUGAUGCGACGGGUGCUUCUGAGACCACAACAGAAAGUGAAACAAUCUGA